UCAAUUAAAAGAGUUCGUAAACGGACAAAACCGCUCCCUCCUGUUCCAAAUGCUGUUGAAGAGCUUGAAAUUCCAAAAGAAUUUCAAUUUUAUAUUCGAGGUGAAGGAUGUGAAUUCGAAAAAUUUCUUCUUGCUGAUUCUGGAAUGUUUAAAUUAGAAAAUGAUCAAACAAAAGAACACAGGUGUCUUUUAAGAAAUUAUUUUUGAAAAUAAUUUUUUAGAAUUUUAAUAUUUUCGAAAGCUUCUAAUGUAACUUGGGCUAAUUCAAUGUAUGAAAUAUUUGCUGAUGGUUCUUUUGCUGUUGCUGUAGUUCCUCCACCUUUUGUUCAAGUUUAUGCUUUACUUACAAGGAGAGGCAAAUGGAUAUUUCCUAUUGCCUAUUGUCUUCUGACGGGCAAAACUCGUGGUAUUUAUGAGAAAAUGUUUCAAAUGAUUAUAACUGAAUGGCCUGAUUUUAAUCCAACAUUAAUGUCAUUAGAUUUUGAUCAACCAAUUAUUGAUGCUGUUAAAACAAUUUUUCCAAAUAUUCGACUUAAUGGAUGUCUUUUCCAUCUUUUUCGUAAUAUUCGAAAACGUCUUGCAGAGGAAGAUUUAAUUCAGAAAUAUCGAAGUGAUCCUGUUUUUGCUGAAUGUGUAAGAAUGUUUACUGGACUUGCUUUUGUUCCUGUUCCACAUUUAACUAACGCAAUUCAACAUUUGAAUGCUGCUAUAUUGCCUGAGCUAGACCAAUUUAUCGGAUGGUUUUUGCUCAAUUAUACUGGUGUACCACUUCCUGAUGGAACUCUGACUCGUGCAAAAUUUCCAAUAGAAUUUUGGAAUGUUUAUGAUAGACUUAUUUAUGAUGUUGAAUAUAUUAAUGUUGAAUCAGCAUAUCGCCGUUUACAUACAAUAUUUAGUUGUGCAAACCCAAAUAUUUGGCGAUUUAUUGAAGUACUUCGAACUGAGCAGCGCGGAAGAGAUGCUGAUUUUGAACGUUCUUUAAUGGGAGAAGACCCUCCACCAAAAAAGAAAAGAUAUAUUAUUACAGAAAGACGAAUAAUGAAUUUAAUUGAAAGGUUUGAUCCAAGGAAUAUUACUGAAUUUUUGAGAGGUAUUGCUCAAAGUACAGUGGAUCAAUAA